AUGUGCGCCGAGUCGGACAUCAUCUACACGCAGACGCCCGGGAGCACGACGUGCCUCGAGAAAAGCUGGCUCAAGCCUCAUGCGACCAUAAUUUGCUCCGGAAGCGACCAACCGACGAAGCAGGAGAUCCCCACCGACGUCCUCAAGGCCUCGAAGUACGUCUCCGACUUGACGAAGCAGACGUCCAAGGUCGGCGAGCUGCGGUCGGCGAUCGCCGACGGCUCGAUGACCGAGGCCGACGUCUACGCCGAGAUCGGCGAGGUCUGCAACGGCUCCAAGCCCGGCCGCGAGGGCAAGGAACUCAUCGUCGUCGACCUGACGGGCACCGGUGCGCAGGACGCGGCGAUCGGCCAGGUGGCGUGGGACAAGCUGGGCAACUAG